CUCUCCUCCUCUCUCUCUCCUAUCCUCCCCUUCCCUCUCCCUCUCCCUCUCCCUCUCCCUCCCCUCCCUCGCUGUUCUGCUCUCUCUCUGGAGCUGGCGUGUAGUGGCGUUGGGCUCGCUCGCAACAACCAUGACAGAUGUCAGCGUGGUGAAAGAGGGAUGGCUCCAGAAAAGGGGUGAGUACAUUAAGAACUGGCGGCCGCGCUACUUCCUGUUGAAGACAGACGGCUCUUUCAUUGGCUACAAAGAGAAGCCGCAGGAGGCCGACCUGGCUUACCCCCUAAACAACUUCUCUGUGGCAAAGUGCCAGCUGAUGAAGACGGAGCGGCCCAAGCCCAACACCUUCAUCAUCCGAUGCCUGCAGUGGACCACCGUCAUCGAGCGGACCUUCCACGUGGACUCGCCCGACGAGAGAGACGAGUGGUCGGAGGCGAUCCAGAUGGUGGCUGAUAAGCUCCAGAGGCAGGAGGAGGAGAGGAUCCAGUGCAGCCCCACCUCCCACAUGGACAACAUGGCCGAGGAGGAGAUGGACAUCUCCACCACACACCACAAGCGCAAGACCAUGAGCGACUUUGACUACCUGAAGCUGCUGGGCAAGGGCACCUUCGGGAAGGUGAUCCUUGUGCGGGAGAAGGCAAGCGGGAAGUACUACGCCAUGAAGAUCCUCAAGAAGGAGGUCAUCAUCGCCAAGGAUGAAGUGGCUCACACGCUCACGGAGAGCCGGGUGCUGAAGAACACCAGACAUCCCUUCCUCACAUCGUUGAAGUAUUCCUUCCAGACUAAAGACCGCCUCUGUUUCGUCAUGGAAUAUGUGAACGGAGGAGAGCUGUUUUUCCAUCUAUCGAGAGAGCGGGUGUUCUCCGAGGAGCGCACGCGCUUCUACGGUGCCGAGAUCGUCUCGGCGCUCGACUACCUGCACUCGGCCAAGAUCGUGUACCGGGACCUGAAGUUGGAGAACCUGAUGCUGGAUAAAGACGGCCACAUCAAGAUCACAGACUUUGGCUUAUGCAAGGAAGGCAUCACAGACGCUGCUACGAUGAAGACCUUCUGUGGCACUCCGGAGUACCUGGCCCCUGAGGUGCUGGAGGACAACGACUAUGGCCGGGCAGUGGACUGGUGGGGUCUGGGUGUGGUGACGUACGAGAUGAUGUGCGGCCGGCUGCCCUUCUACAACCAGGACCACGAGAAGCUGUUUGAGCUUAUCCUCAUGGAGGACAUCAAGUUCCCCCGAACGCUUUCCACCGACGCAAAGUCCCUGCUGUCGGGCCUGCUCAUCAAGGACCCCAACAAGAGGCUGGGAGGAGGACCUGACGACGCUAAGGAGAUAAUGAGACAUAGCUUCUUCUGUCUGGUUGACUGGCAGGACGUCUAUAAUAAAAAGUUGCUUCCGCCCUUCAAGCCUCAGGUGGCGUCUGAGACGGACACCAGGUACUUUGACGAGGAGUUCACAGCCCAGACCAUCACAGUAACGCCCCCAGAGAAAUUCGAUGAGGACGGCAUGGACUGCCUCGACAACGAGAGAAGACCACAUUUCCCACAGUUCUCCUACUCUGCCAGUGGGCGGGAAUGAGGGUGUGUCACACGAGUGCGGCCGGACUCUGGAGGUGGUCCUUGUGAAACACAACCUGGACUGUGGUUGUGGAGCGCCCCAGGAACCUAUCGCUCUCUUCCCCCCCCCCCCCCCCCCCCGACCGCAUCUUCAUACUAACUCUACUCUACGAUCCCCUUUGAACAGAACUUUUUUUCAAAGUUGCAAACUCUUCUCCAGGCUAAUGUAGACUCUUGACGUGUGGGUCUGAAACUGUGAUCAGUGGUUACCAAAUGUCCGUGGAAGUGGCGGGAGCUUCGGCCGAGAGCAGCCUGCUGUGCUUUGAGACCCGAUCCGCCCUUUGACCUCUCAACGCCGACCCGCGGAUCACACGUGCCGGUGGUCGACGAAAACAUCCUCCGAUAGGUCAAUAGCUGUAUUUAUACGAUGGGGGGGGAUAAGGAGAGGGUUUUUUUAAGAUGACGUGUACUAUGAUAUAUUUUAAGUCUUAUUUAAUCCAAACUGCCAUCGCCGGUUGUCUCUCAGGCAGAACACAGACAGGCGCAGACACACAAGAUUAGCAAACGCUCAACAAGAUGCACACAGGUCUGAACACAGAUCCUUACUGAAAACAAUGCUGCUAUCGUUUGAGGCUGCCCGGUACGGGCGGAGCCGAUACAGUGAUGUCGUGAGCAAACACAUUCCCGAGCCCCCCCCCCCCCCAUCCGAAGCCGGCUCAAGCAGGAUUUGACUCAGGUUUUCUCAGUGCAAUUCAUUCUCGUUGUUGCUGCUACUACUUCUAUUAUAACGACGCCCACUAAGACUACUAUGGGUAUGACAGUAUUGCUGCUACUGCUACUACCACUGCUACUACUAAUACCAGGUGCUACUCUAUCGGCUUCAAUCUGCAGGUCAUAUUACAGGCGCCAGCAAAACAUCAACCACCUCUAUAACCGUCUGUCGUACCGUUGCACUUAGGCAUGUACAGUAUAAACACUUACUUUUAAUGUUAAACUUCAACUAGUCGGAGUCAACUUAUGUUACGGAUAUUAUAUUUUGGUUUGUAUGUGCGUGCGUGUGUGUGUGUGUGUUUGUGUGUGUGUGUGUGUGCGUGUGUGUGUGUGUGUGUGUGUGUGUGUGUGUGUGCGUGCGUGUGUGUGUGUGUGUGUGUGUGCGUGUGUGUGUGUGUGUGUGUGUGCGUGCAGUUUAAGUUGAAGCGUCUCGAGUUGGAUUCAAAGGGCACCUCAAAGCGCAGCAGUGCUGCACACCGGAAGCUCCUGAACAACAAGCUUUACUACAUCCCCCACAAUGCUUUGUGGCCUGUCACGAAACAUGAGGAAGCUGUUCCGUUUUUUGAAUGUUAUCUCUUGUGAAUUUUGAACUCCCCUCGAAUUCAAAGUGUCUCUUGUACCAAAAGGGGAGACACUGUGGUACUGUGCAUAAUGUGAACGAUAGCUUUACCCUAACAUAUCAUUGUCAUGGCUUGAGAAUAGCAUGCCAGUAUUUCUCUGUCCAUAUGCAGAACGGGAAGCAUCUCCAGUAGGGUGGACCUAUGUGGCCCAAAGAGGUCUGUGAAGGGAGGGCUAUAGGUCUUAAAGGUAUUUAUAUGGUUUGAGUCGUAGCUCUGGACCAAGACAAGGUAAAUGGACCACACAAUACUAGCUAAACAUAUGUACGUCUGUGAAUCGUUUAUCAAAAAUCAUUUUAAAAAGAGAUUAUGGUUCCCUGUUGAUGUAUAUUUCAAACCAUUAUGGGCUACACCGACCACAGUUGGAGCUGUAUAUCUAAACGCUAUUUAUUGUUCUACUUAUCAGUUUUGUAUUUUCCUUUUUUUGUAUCGUUAUUUUAUUAAAAAAAACAUAUUUUUAAAUUAUGUCGUCCGACCAGUUUUCAAACUGGUCAUAAAAAAGGCACCUCAAAGUCGGGAAAAAAAAGGCACUUAAAAUUGGCGGAAGAAUGUAGGAGGGCUAGCGGCCUGCCUGCUGCUUGCCGUCGUGAUGCUAGCGUGUUUAUGUCCUUCCAUGACCAAAACGUACACAGCAACAAGGAAACGGUGCACAGUGAAGACAGGUAUGACCGACCAUGGUCGCUGGUCACAUUUUUAUCCAAUCAGAAGUCUAGAUGAGGGAUUUCCAAGAGUGAUUAUUUAUUUUAGCCUAUUAACCUUCCCGCAAGAUGUGUUACUGCGCCACAUAAAUAACAUGGUGAAAAACUAACGAAUAUAUGCGUCAAAGGUACGGAUUUAAAAGCAGAUAUGCUAUUUAAAGACGUGGGUGGAGCUUAUCCCAAAAGAGGAUGUGUUAGUUGGUGAAGUAUUUAUACUCCACACAAUAAUGAGCCAAGCCGCUGGUGUUCUGCUCCGUUAUGUUGUGUCUCCAGACAGCUGUGAGGUAGUCAAGAGAGCAGGAGGACGUUAAGGCACAAAGAAGGCAACCUGGUGAGAUGUACCAGAGAUGAUAUGAGUUUGAGAAGAGGAAGUUGAUCAGCUGCUCUCCUGUCUGUCUGUGAACAGGAGGCAUCCAAGUGGGAUUGCGGAAUUAGUGGAAAGUUGUGUUGGGAGAGAGUUCUAGAGGAGUUCUAGGAGAGUUCUAGAACAGUUCUAGAAGAGUAUGAAAGGUUUUAAGGAGGACAAAAAGGGUUCUGAGGUUGAUAAAGCUAGGAAGGAGUAGAAUCUACCAGGCCUUAGAAAAUCCCUCUUAAGAGCUGUAGCGUCUCGCUAAUAUAACAUAUCAGCGAUAUGUCAUAUCACUACCAUUAUGAAGGAACACAGUUGAAAUAUCUCCCAAGACAAUCAAUGUGGAGAAAUAAACUACAAUUGUAAGUAGGCAUGAUGGAGAGGUCUCGAUUAUAUGUUGGUCUAGUGUAAAUCUAAUCCAGGUCAGGUUCUAGGUCUUUGUCUAGUGGAGAUCUAGUCUAGCUCUAGGUAUUGGUCUAGUGUAUAUUUAGCUCUACGUAUUGGUCUAAUGCAGAUCUAGCCUAGGUUUUGGUCGUGUAGAUCUAUCUCUAUGUAUUGGUCUAAUGCAGAUCUGGACGAGGUCUUCGUCCAGUGUCUCUAGCUCUAGGUCUUGGUCUAAUGUCCAGUGUCUCCAGCUCUAGAACUUGGCCAGUGUCUCUGGUCUAGGUCUUCUUCCAGUGCCUCUGGUGGUCUAGGUCUUGGUGGGGUCCUGUCUUUACUGUGUGCUGUCCCCCCUCUAGUGUGGACUCCGUCGGUCUGUUGCUGUGCACUCAUUAUGUCUUCCAAAUUGGACCUCAGUCAGUCAAUUAUGAUUUCAAAUAGUUUCACUUUCUUUUUUUCUCAACACAUUCUGACUAUCUUCCUGCUUUAUGUAAGGUAUUUAUGGCUAACCGUUAGAAUGGCUAUAUUUGAAGUCGGAAAGCUGAAUUGUUUAUAAUGAAAAGACUUUGAUGGCAGAUAAAGCUAUAGAGCUAUGUGUUACAGUCAUACAACUUAAGUUCAGUCUAGAACAUUUUGAUGUGUAAAAAAAAUUUUGAAGCUAUUGUUCACUGAGGUCUACAUUUAAAAUGUAUUUGAUUUUCACAAAUGUUUAAAAUGGGGCAGAUAUUGAGGGAAGCAUACUAUAUUCUAGAGGGAGAAUAGAGUGUUUUGCUUGUGUUAGGUAUUGAAAGAAAUGUAUUCUGGAUAUUAUUUAUUUCAAUGUCUAUUUUGUAUCUUUUAAAUAUGAAUGGAUAACUUGAAUUUCAUUUUUUUUUUUGGGGGUUAUUUUGUUGUAAUUGUUCUUUGUGUGGCAGUUUGUCAGGGAUUGUAGCUGUUUUCCAUAAUGCAGUUGAUGUUUUUGUGAAAUAAUAAUUUUCCAUUUCCUGUAAAACCAUCGGUAACUGUAUAUCCGCUGUCCUUGGUUCCAUGUACCGGUACAUGAUUUAGAGUUAAUUCUCCGCCAAGACGCUUUGGGAGCAACAGUUUAAAUGAAUGCCGCCCGACCUGCACACAAAAAACCUGCUCAGAGCCAGACCUGAGUCAAGACUUGGCUAGAACUCUGAUGAUUAGACUUCUCUGUGAUCGAUUAGGUCUGCCUGGCACAAGCUGAAGAACACGAUGCAUUCAACCUGCUACUGUACCCAACUGGCUGUCCUGCCCGACAUCAAUCACUCGUCUGGAUGGAUUUCAGCUCUGGUUCGACCCUGGGUCUGUUGGACGCUCGCCCGGCUAGCUUCGUCUGCAGCGUGAGCGCCACAUGCUAAUCAGUAUAGAGCAGGAUUCACAAAGUAGCACUUUUUACUUCCCUUGUGUUCGUAUGUUUAGGAGAAUCUGAUCCAGUUCUGCUUAAAGGAAGAUGUCUUCUUCAUAAAAAAAUAAGGGAAAUUUGAACCAACUUCCAGAUUCGAACAACUGGCGUUCUUUGGUGUGGCUGUAGAGACCUUUUGUCCCCUGAUCCAGGAGAUUCUAUAUGUGUGUUCUGGAGGAAGAGAGAGAGAGACUUCUGCUGCUGUCUCAACCAGGAGCCAUUGGAGGGAAAGAUAUUUGUUUCAUGUAUAUGUAUGGAGAGUAGUCCGGUCAUUGGGUCCAAUGCAUUGUAGACCACCUCUGAUCAGCAUUUCAUCCAACCUAAAGGUUUUUGGCGGACAAGGCCCCCCCCCCCCCCCCCCCCCUCCCACCAGUGGUGGGUCUGUUCAGAUCAGUCCCCUUAGCCUGCAUCCAAUACACACACAAAGAGAAGCCAUCGCUAAAAGGAUUCAUCAGAUCUGACUUGGUCAUUCUCUGAGGAAGGUUCCACUGGAUGUCAAACACAUGUUAUGUUGCUAUGACUACUUCAAACAUGUUUGUCCAGAUCCUAUGCAUAUCGAGAAGUAGUUUUAUCUCCAGCGUAAGGGAGGGGGGUUGUGUUGGACCUUUAAUCAAAGCAUUUCAACUUCAUUUGGAUUUCUGUGCAGGGAUUCUUAUUUUUAUGUUUGUACAUUAGUGACAGAGUUCACUCCUACGCUGCUAAUAUCUGUACUGUUUGUCAUUCACUGAGCAUAUAUGAGUCCAGAUGUAUUUGGAUAAUAGGCAGAUCCCUUUCAACCGCUUGAGCUGCUUUUGCUGAUGUCCAGUUACAUUAAUCCUCAACGGCUCUGCAAUGUAUUCCACUGAUUUAAAUUGCAGGCAUGUUGUAAGUUCAGGACCUUUUAAGUAUUUAAAAGGAUUUCUGAUUCAGCUCAUCUUACGCUCGUCUCCGGUACAACAUAACACAUAAUGGUUCUUAAACAUUUUAAAAAGCAUGUCAUUCUAAUCAUAAAGACAAAGAAUUAUGCUCAGUAGAAAAUAAUAAUAUUAAGUUGAGGUCCUGUCCAUGGAGCGCUUCACAUUUCAUGGCCAUCCUCAUCUGGUGAGCAGAGUUGGUCCCUACAGGAUUAUACUGUAACAGAGGCAUCAGCUGUGUGUGUCUGUGUGGCCAUUACCAGCCAAUGGAAACCAGAUGUUCACAUUUGCUGAAAGUGUAGGGAACCCCCCCCCUGUGGAACCGGAACGACUCAGACACACGCACACACGCACACACACACACACACACACACACACAAUUUUGAUUGCUUCAGACUAAAUUAAGACAACAUCUCUCUCUCUGUAUGUCUAUGUGUGUGUGUGUGUGUGUGUAUGUGUAUGUGUGUCUCAAUCUCUCUCUCGUGUCUCCCUCUCUUUCUGUGUGUGUGUGUGUCUCCCUCAGUCUUUCUCUCUCUCGCCCACUCUCUCUAUGUGCUCCUUACUUCGACAUGGUUUAUUGUGCCGCAGGGCCCCUAGGGGCCUACUGAGAACAACUGAAUUGUUAUUUUAAUGACCCACCCAAUUACCAUCAAAAGCAGAGGAUUUUUUACACUGUAUGUCUGUAGUAUUUUUUACACAUGAGAUGUAAAUGACAGGGAUGGUCGUUAUCUUCCUUUUAAUCAUUCACAGCUUCAAUAAACAGUAUACCACUCUGUAAA